AUGGAGGCAGCACUGAUUGAAGUUUCCAAGGGUUGCAAGCUGAGAGAGGGCUGCGAGCUGAGAGAUGAAGAUGGGUUCUUAGCGAUGAAAAGGGCUGCAGUUGAUAGAGGGCUGCGAGAGAGGGCCACGGUUGAGUUAUUUGGUCAGCAGGUUCAAAAUGGAAAGGAGAGUAACGGUGAAAAUAGGCCUAUGACAUUAGCAACUUUUCUGAAGAUAAAUCCACUAAUCUUUAGUGGAACCACGAAUCCCAUAGAGGCUGACAAUUGGUUUCAGCAGGACAAUGCUGUGAUACCUUGGGACGCCUUUCAAUCUAAGUUCUAUAAGAAGUAUUUCCCCAAUUCAGUCAAGACGGCAAAGGAUCUUGAGUUGCUACACCUGAAGCAGGGUCCUAUGUCUAUGGCAGAUGGAAGUAAGUGUCAGGGUUUGAUUCUAUUAGCUACAAGUAUGUCAGGUGAUAAACAAAAUUUGAAUCAAAUUCCAAUUGGCAGUGAAUAUCCAAAGGUAUUCCCUGAAGACAUACCUGAAUUUCCUCCUUAUCGAGAAAUCGAGCUUGCAAUUAAGCUGGGAGCACUGGUGUUGUUGGUGAAAAAGGAAGAUAGAAGCAUGUGGCUGUGCGUUGACUACAAACAACUGAACAAAGUGACAGUAAAGAAUAAAUAUCCAUUGCCAAGAAUUGACAAUCGGAUGGAUCAAUUUCAAGGAGCUGGCAUCUUCUCUAAGAUUGAUUUGAGGUCUAGUUAUCACCAGAUAAGGGUGAGAGACGAUGAUAUUCCUAAGACCGCUUUUAGAACUGGUUAUGGUCAUUACGAGUAUACUACUGAAGAGGAGCACGCAGAACACUUGUGGAUUGUACUACAGAUUCUAAAGGAUAGAAAGCUCUACGCAAAAUUUUCUAAGUGUGAAUUCUGUAAAGAGAAGGUGAAGUUCUUGGGUCAUGUAGUAAGUAAGAAAGGAAUAACUGUGGAUCCUUCAAAGAUUGAGGCAGUAACUGAAUGGGGACACCUAGAUCAGUGA